GUCAUAAAUGAUAAUCAUAACCUUAGUCUUUUAGAGACUAUUAUGUUUUAUGUUUGAGCAUUUUAGCCGGCUGCGCUUACUUUACUGUUAUUUUUGGAUACUUUUGUGUCCAACGUUCAUGGAGUAAAUAACUUUGAUUUCGGAAACAGAUAAUCAUGAGUUUAGAUAAUACAUUUGACAGCCUUUAUCCGGCUAAUCACAAAACUGUUUUUGUUCUUGACCGAACACCUUAUUUUGGGAUAUCCUCUGACUGUUCGAUCGAAUUUGAUUGCCUAAAAGCAAGAGGUCCAAAUGUUAUGCCUAUUCCAUCUAUAUCAAAGUCUCUUUGGACUACAAGUAUAGAAACUUCUAUGGAAUACUGUAGAAUUGUUUGGGACUUAUUUCCACGUGGUAAAUUGAUAAGAUUUGUGGCGAGUGAUCAUAUUGCUCAUAUAUUGAAUUCAUGGGAUCCUUUACAACAAACUGCAUCACAUAUUAUGAAUGGAUUUGGACUCAUUGGAACUCCUUUGCCACAUCAAUCAGGCUCUGAUUUUUCUGUGAUUCAUGGACUAAAGGUAGCCAUAGAGGCUUUGUCAGAAAUAUCUAAUGAACAAAGGCAAAGUUUAUCAUCUUCACCAAAUUCUGCUAAUAAAUUUCUGAAUCGAGGUAGAGUUAUAUGUAUAACCAGUGCAAGAGACAACUCAAACUUGAAAAGUUUAGAAGCCAUUUUUGCUAAUCACUUAUUAGCUCAGAAUAAACAAAUAGCUAAUUCAGAAAAUUUCCUGCCAAUUCAUCAUUGUCAUCUGGUUAUAAUUAAUAUCUUUCCUUUAAAUAUUGACUCUCAAGUGUCAGAUAGAAAAAUGUAUGAGGUAUCACCUAUACUAUCUAUGGAGGUACAUUCCAUGAAAGCUUCUGGUUUACACGCUAAGCUUUCCCAUUUAAUAUUAUCACAUUAUAAUCUUGCUAGCACAACUGUAACAGGAAUACCAAUGAAAGAAGAACAAAAUGCAAGCUCUUCUGCAAAUUACGAUGUGGAGAUAUUUCAUCCUGCUGGAGCUCAUACAUCAAUUCUGAAAGGUAAUCCUGCAGACUUAGCGCUUUUAAAAACGCUUCGGCGCUUUGGAGAAGGAACAGAUUAUGAAACGAUAACAUUGAAGUGGAGCACUCCAAGAGGAGUGAGUUCUAGUGAUUUACAAAAUUGCACUGCCAUGCACAGGAUCACACCGUUUGAUAUUAACAGUAGACCCUCGUCUUGUUUGAUUAAUUUUUUGUUAAAUGGACGUUCCGUGAUGUUGGAAAUGUCAAAAAAAAGUGGUGGUAAAGCAGUUUCUCAUUUAUUAGCCAGUCAUGGAGGUGAAAUAUUUAUACAUACACUGUCCACUGCCAGAAGUGUAUUAGAAGAUCCGCCUAGUAUAAGUGAGGGUUGUGGUGGGCGAGUUACUGAUUAUAGAAUAACUGAUUUUGGAAACUUGAUGAGAGCAAACAUAUUAGUACCUUUGAAACGACGCAAUAAUGAUAGAGGAGAAGAACCUGCCGAAAAAAUGAGGAAACGUCUGGAAAAAUUCACGAAGUAUUGGCCAAUCAACAUCUCUAACACUGUCAUAUUUAAUUUGAAACAGUAUUGCGAUCCUUUGAUCGAAGCAAUGAUGAAAGAUGUUAUUACUAAGGAUGAAGUUGUUCAAUGUAAGCAGAUAAUUUUCAGCUUACUCGGGCAAGAAGCCAAACAUGAGCCUCUACCUCUUCCUAAUUUUACUGGAAGAGGUCCUAAAGGAGGAGGCCGCAGAGAAGAACACUACCGUCUACUCUGGCUUGAGUUGGAAACUUUUCUUCGCGCGCAUUCUCAAACAUCGUCUCUUCAUACCGAAGUGCUUACAUGUCUACUCGAAGUGAGAAACAAGAGUGACAAAGACAUAGAUAAAGUGGAGCUUGAUCAAGCUUUACGAGAACUCGAUGGAAUUGGGAAAGAAGAUUCGGUAACAGCUGCAACUAGAGCGACUGUUAUAAGGGCUACUACGGACUCUCCAAUGUCACCCCCUAGCAUAAUUAUGAAUAUGGGCAAAAGCGGUGUCCACGGAAAACCACUCAAAUUACAGAACAAAAGUCUUAUGGACAUUUACUUGGCAGCAUCUGUGCCUAAGAAUCCUAGACCUGAAUUUCAUGGGCGUCUAAAUUGUACUCCAAGUAAUCCAAGAACUAAAUUGUACGCUAAUCUAAAAGAUCAAGAUAAACGAGAGGGUAGAGGAGGGGACGUUCCAAUGGAAGCAUAAAACUUUAACAUACAUUUUCAAUAUAUUUUCAGUAUAUUCAUAUUAGUGUAAAUUAAGUGCCUUGUAAAUAACGUAUUGUAUUUUUUGUACACAGUGUAAAUAAAUGAAAUUAAAAUUUGUA